GAUGUUCUGGGCGAAAUAGUGUCAGGUCCCUGAAGAUGCUGCAUUCAACAAUUUCGCUCCGUCCUCCAAGCGGUUUUUUGCAUGCCUUUUUCACCUGCGUCAUAGUUGGCCUGUGUCUCGCUUUAGUACUUCAUUCUGGGGAAAGCACCAUGAGUAGUAGAUCUUCCGGAAUGCUCUUCCUCCUGAAGUUGUCUCCUCUACAUUGACCAGCUUACUCUGUGCCAGUGUCAUUCUCUGCUUACCCAGUAGAGCUUGCCUUGUUCUUCAUUACAAUCCUUGACCGACACCCUCCUUCCUGCUACCACCUACUCAUCCAACGCCUAGCGACACCAAUCUGAAAUUCUAGAGUCUUCCAUCAUGUCUGCUGGUGGCCCUGGGCCUGCUCCUUCGAAUCCAGGCCAACCGAAGCCUCCCAGAGCCUCUCCAACAGGUGGAUUGCUUGGUCGUCGACUCGCCAUUGGUGCUGCCGGAUUCGCCCUGGUCUACUAUCUGCUACCAGCCAGAUCACCAAAGCCUCCUGGAACUCCUGCUGACGUGUUGAAAACACCGGGUGUCAAGAAUGUCGAAAGAGCAUAUCAGAGUGGAGGGGCGACAUCAACUCACACGAAGGCAUAUGGAGGCACAAUACAAGGCCAGAGAGGAGAUGAGACGAUGAGGGAAGGAGCAAGCACAAGUGCACCUCGUGGACAUGAUGAACCGGGCGUUGGUUAUGACCAGCGACCUGGACCAAUGUCCAAAGCCGGCGAGAAAUGGAAUGAGAUUCAGUAUGGUAGUCCGAAGGGAAAGUAGGUGGGACCAGAAAGUAUGACAGCCGCAUGCAGCAUUGCGCCUGGGUAUUGGUCACCGGAAAGGAAGAGAAGGAGCUUUCCAUCCAAGAUGUCCUCCUCGUAGGAGAUAUGUGACCUAGAAGUCUUGCUACCAUUAUUGCACAGCGCACAGAUAGCGCCACAAAGUCUGGCAUCACAGAUUAAGCAUGGCUCAUUCACAAUUUCA